GUCAAUUUCACGGUAUCGUUAACAAAUCCAGCGGUUCACCCAGUCCGGGAGGAAAGUGUGAAUUUCACUCUAGACCUGUUUGUGCAUUUCCUGGUGCAAGAGACACACCACAAAACUCCCCAUUUUCUUCCUCCGUCUCCUUCUUCCCCGUGAGCCUGUUUACAACGCAGCCACUUGCCGUUUAGUUCAGCUUCCUUCUUUUGCGUUGGUGCAAAUGUCUGUCCCAGCCCCCGGAACCGUACAGAGAAAAGCUGAAUUUUAUUUCUGGGCAGAGCUGGAACUUUUAAAAAAAACAAACCAACAACCCAGGCCCUCUUUCUGCGUGCUAUUCGAGUGUUGCAAAAGCAAAGAGCAAUAAACACGCACACACAGAGAGAGUGAGAGAGACAGACAGACAGACAGGCAGCCCCGUAAGAGCCAGAAGAGAGAGUUAAAAGAGGAGAGGAGAACGGUCUCUCUGACAAUUCCGUUUAGGGAGCAGAUGGAAAAGUGGAGACUUGUGAAGGGCUGUGAGGUUGGCUAAGGAUCCAGGAGCGAAAAGAGCCCGGCUGAUUGGAAGAAAAAAGCAGAGAGAUGGAGGCGGGGGAAGUGCAAUCUCUCUGCGGGGACUGGAGCGAGUCCACGCCCGGGGCCAGCGCUGCAGAGCUGGCUAGCAUUCAACCAGCGCUCCCCAGCUAAAAGCACCCAAAAAAAGCAGCCCCCAAGUUCCGUCUUCAGCCUGGCUGAUUUGCAGAGUGAAGCUUGGUUGAUUUAAGGUAGAUUGAGAGGCAGCAGGAGAGACCCAAAAAGGGAUCGCCCUAGGGUCAGACAGGUGGAGAAUGAACGGAGAAGCCGAUUGCCCUACAGACUUGGAAAUGACAGCUCCCAAGAAUCAAGACUGUUGGUCCCAGGAGGACAUGCUGACCCUGCUGGAGAGCAUGAAAGGCAACCUGCCCUCCAACGACGGCAGCAAAUUCAAAACCACCGAGUCCCAUCUGGAUUGGGACAAAGUGGCCUUCAAGGACUUCUCUGGCGAGAUGUGCAAGAUGAAGUGGAUGGAGAUCUCCACCGAGGUGAGGAAAUUCCGAACGCUGACAGAACUGAUCAUGGAUGCUGAGGAACAUGUAAAGAAUCCUUACAAGGGCAAAAAGCUCAAGAAACACCCCGAUUUCCCCAAGAAGCCCCUGACACCCUACUUCCGCUUCUUCAUGGAGAAGCGAGCCAAAUAUGCCAAGCUGCACCCUGAAAUGAGCAACCUGGAUCUGACCAAAAUCCUGUCCAAGAAAUACAAGGAGCUCCCCGAAAAGAAAAAGAUGAAAUACAUCCAGGACUUCCAGCGGGAGAAGCAGGAGUUUGAGCGGAACCUGGCAAGAUUCAGGGAAGACCACCCAGAUCUUAUUCAGAACGCUAAGAAGUCGGACGUCCCUGAGAAACCCAAGACCCCCCAGCAGCUGUGGUACAAUCACGAGAAGAAAAUCUACCUGAAAGUGCGCCCAGAUGCCACCACGAAGGAGGUGAAGGACGCGCUGGGCAAGCAGUGGUCUCAACUCUCCGACAAAAAGAGGCUGAAAUGGAUUCAUAAGGCCCUGGAACAGCGAAAGGAGUACGAGGAGAUCAUGCGGGAUUACAUCCAGAAGCACCCAGAGAUGAACCUCGAGGAGGGCGUCACGCGCUCCACCCUCACCAAGGCAGAACGCCAGCUCAAGGACAAGUUCGACGGGCGACCCACCAAGCCGCCUCCGAACAGCUACUCUCUGUACUGUGCGGAGCUGAUGGCCAACAUGAAGGACGUCCCCAGCACGGAGCGGAUGGUGCUGUGCAGCCAGCAGUGGAAGCUGCUUUCGCAGAAGGAGAAGGACGCGUACCACAAAAAGUGUGAUCAGAGAAAGAAAGAUUACGAAAUCGAACUCCUUCGCUUCCUGGAGAGCCUGCCCGAGGAGGAACAGCAGAGGGUGCUGGGGGAAGAGAAGAUGCUGGGAGCGAACAAGAAAGGCGCCACCAGCCCAGCUUCCAAAAAGUCAUCGCCAGACACUGGCAAGGCAGGUUCUGAGAAACCCAAACGGCCCAUUUCUGCUAUGUUUAUCUUCUCGGAGGAGAAGCGAAAGCAGCUGCAGGAAGAGCGACCCGAGCUUUCCGAGAGCGAACUGACCCGGCUGCUGGCGCGGAUGUGGAACGACCUUUCAGAGAAGAAAAAGGCCAAGUACAAGGCCCGGGAGGCAGCCAUGAAGGCGCAGUCGGAGAAGAAACACGGCUCGGACAAGGAGGAGCGUGCCAAGCUGCCCGAGUCGCCCAAGACGGCCGAGGAGAUCUGGCAGCAGAGCGUCAUCGGAGACUACCUGGCUCGCUUCAAGAACGACCGGGGUAAGGCGCUGAAGGCCAUGGAGGCCACUUGGAACAACAUGGAGAAGAAGGAGAAGCUGAUGUGGAUAAAGAAGGCGGCGGAGGAUCAGAAGCGAUUCGAGAGAGAGCUGAGUGAGAUGCGGGCCCCCCCGUGCUCUGCAAACUCCUCAAAGAAGAUGAAAUUCCAGGGAGAGCCGAAGAAACCCCCCAUGAACGGUUACCAGAAGUUCUCCCAGGAGCUGCUGUCGAACGGCGAGCUCAACCACCUACCGCUGAAGGAGAGGAUGGUGGAGAUCGGCAGCCGCUGGCAGCGCAUCUCCCAGGGCCAGAAGGACUAUUACAAGAAGAUGGCCGAAGAGCAGCAGAAGCAGUACAAGAUGCACCUGGAAAUCUGGCUCAAGAGCCUGUCGCCGCAGGAGCGAGCUGCCUACAAAGAGCACACCUCAAAUAAGCGCAAGAGCAUGGGGAAGGUCCGGGGGCCGAACCCGAAAAUGAAGCCCGCCAUGCAGAUCAAGUCGGAGUCCGAGGAGGAGGAUGACGACGAUGAUGACGAGGAGGAAGAGGAUGACGAUGAUGACGACGACGACAACGGGGACUCGUCCGAGGAAGGCGGGGACUCAUCGGAGUCGAGCAGCGAGGAGGAGAGCGAGGAUGGGGAUGAGAAUGAGGACGACGACGAUGAAGAGGACGACGACGAAGAGGAAGAUGACAAUGACUCCGAGGGCAGCAGCAGCUCCUCCUCUUCCUCAGGCGAUUCCUCCGACUCGGACUCCAACUGAAAUGCCCACAGCGCCACCUUCUUGCCGGACUUUCAGUAAUCCCCCCAUCCCCCCAUCCCCCCCACCCCGACCAGUAAUAUCCCGGCUGGAGAUCUGGGUUGAUAGUUGCAGGGAGGGGGAUGGGAAAAUCACUGUGGCUAAUUUUUUUUCCCCCUCCCUCUUAAAGAAUUUCACACUAAUGGAGUGGGGGGGGGCAGCUGAUAAAAGGCUUUGUUUUGUGGGGGGGAAGAAGGGGAUAUUCUGUGUUGUUUUUCCCCAUAGAGUUUGCGUUCAAGCCUUUAGUUUAUUUUUGUUUUUUGGAGAGGGAGGGGGAUUUUUACACCUCAGAGCCCCCGCAGCUGCCCCCGCCUUCCCCUUCAACUUCCAGCUACCCCCUCCAGACUUUAUACAAAACCCCCACAAAAAUCCUUUUUAAAACAGCGACAAAAAUGUGGCAAGAGGCGCAGAGUGUUGUUCUGGCGGCAUGCGAGUCGAGUGGCUCAGGACUCAGCCGUCGGGACGAUCUCCCCCUUUGCCUCUCCAGCUGGAGGAGGGGACGGUCUUGUACAGUCUGAAGCUGCACCCAGAGCUCCUGGAGAGCAAAAUCCCACUGCACUUAAGAGCUCCUGGAAUGAACUUACCACGCGGCAUUUCCCUCUGGGGACAGGGGGAGAAUUUUUUGUGUGUGUGUGUUUGGGGCAGGGUGGGGUGGGGGGAGUUUAAAAAGACAUUGCCCAGUUUCGGGGCGGGAAGGGCUGGCACUGGGUGGGGGAGUUAGGGGGCUGAUACGGAGCAUACCACUGGUUGCUGAUCAUUGCAUCACCCGAAGGAAACGUGGUUGAUCCGUCGUAUUCAACCAGCAUUUGGGCAAAGGCGGUGGCAGGUGGAUCCCAGAUUUGAAUUUUUUUUUUUUUUUUACAAUGAAGUGACCAAUUGUUGUACUGGAACGGGGCAUUUGUCGACUGGGAUGGGGCCGGGGAUGGGAGCAGGGUUCGGCUGCGAGGAGAGAUCAUCUGUGUCAUCGGUGGUUGUCGUGCUCUUGUAUUAUUAUUUUUGUUUUCUUUUAUAAAGCGAGAAAGAUCCAUCUUUUUAUAAUCAAAAUCUCCGUCUCUGGCUAGCCGCCCGGCUUGGCAUCACGCACCCCCUCCCCCCCCUCCGCUCCGUCAUCGUGUCAGGUCAAUGUGCAGAUUGUUGGGGGGGGGCCUGUCUGGAAUAGGGGCAGGAUGGUGCUUGCCAAAGGAACCCAGCUGUGCCUCCCAUGCUGGAUGCCGGCUGCUUGGGAUAGAGGUGGGGCCACGCCCGCCAGUCUCACAACUCCGGGGCCCACCUGCGCAAUCUGUUCAGCUGCAGUGUGGCUACCAGCUCCGAUGAGAUUGCUCAGACUUUUUUAUUUUUAUUUUGUUUAAAGGAACAUUGGGGAAACUUGAUCCAAAAAACCCAUCCGUACACCCAAGUGGCUGAGAUCUGAACUCCCAGGCAGCUGCUCCUUCUCGGAGAGGACUCUCAGCUACGCAUAUAUCUGUAUUCGUAUAUAACGGGCUAUAUAUUAAUAUAUAGACUGGUAUCAAUACUCCUUUUCCGGUGGAGAGCUGUGACUAGCAUUUCAUUCCCGUCCUUUUCUUAGGAGGGUUUUGAACGGGUGUGUAAGUGGUUCUGUAAAUAACCCGUCCAUGCAUGUGUCAGCGAAAAGGCCUUGCUGCCUUCCGCCUCCGUUCUCUGGGUCACUGGCUGUUGCAGAGCAGAGAGUGACCUUGCCCCCCCGCGUCAGUGGGUCCCAGUUCCUUGCACCUUUCCUUUGGGCUGGGCUAGGCUGGGGCAUUUUCACCCAGAGAGCAUGGGAGUAGAAAGUGACUGAGACUGGGAAAGAAAAAUCCAGUGUUUAAAUAAUGUUGGGGUCUUUUUUUUUUUUUUUUUUUUUUAAACCCUUUCCCCUCGCCACGAGGGUGGAUAAAGUUGGGCAGCAGGCGUCCUGGCCAUCUGCUGCCCACCCACACGUGCAAAAUCCACCACUGAUUGGAGGUGGCUCAGUGUCUGGGAUUUUGUUCCUGCCAGGGUUUUGUUAACGGCCAGUGGGAGCCACAGGGGUGAACGCAAGGACAGUGUUUCUGGGACUAGACUCCCCCCUCCGUCUCCCCUUCCCCCUUUAAGCAUUCACAGCACCAGCAGUUCAUCUCUCAUCUCGCUGAAUUCUGUGCCUCCCCCCCCCCCCCACCCGAUGUAGACUGGGGAGCCUAACUUACUAAGAAACACUUGAGAACAAAACUGGGUCCCCAUUAUGCCCCCCCCCACACACACACACCUUAAAAGCCUGGCCACCCUCUCUUCCCUCCUCUCCUCACCGAACAACUCUCUUUACCACUUCCUCUCCCCAGCGCCGGGUGGGGCAACAGUGACAGUAUUGAGCAGUAAUGGAUCCAAGCAGCGGGUCAGCAUGUUGCUGGAGUUUUUUUUUCCCUCGCCAAGGGCACGCUCUCCCCCAUCCCAGAGCUGACGGACCACCUGCUCCCGAAGCUCCGGUGAGCGCGGAAAGCAGGGAGGCUUGGAACAGGAAUUCUGGGCUUUUUCGCUUCCUUUCCUGUUUGUAUGUUUCAAGGAUUUAGGCAGCCCCUCCGUGUUUUGUAUUUGGCACAGCCAAGUCCCGUCAGAGUAUUAGGUAGUCCCUUCUCCUCUGGUCAUAGUCUGAAUCGGGGGGGGCGAGAACAAAUGUGAUUUUGUUUGUUUUUUGUAGAGAAAAUUAAGGGCAGCCUCAGGGGGUGAAGCUUCCAGCUGGGGGGGGGGAUCGUGGCAGGCAGGGGGUACGGAUUUUAGCAGCGCGUGUUGGGAGGGGUGUCUAGUCGCUGGGGGGAGAGUUGGAGCAGAUUUGGGGGGGCUGGUUGGGGUUGCUGCUCCUUGGGUUGUACUCACAUGACUCAUUCCCCCCACUUUCCAUUGCAGCCCCCCGCCUCUCCCAGGUGAGCUUGGAGGUGGGCUGAGCCCCCUCUUGGUUGACUUUAGGCCUGUCUGUCCCCCUCUUGUCCCCCAAGAGGCUCUCAAAUAUCCUGGGCUCUAGGAUUUGGACUCCACAACGGGUCAGGGUGGAGAUGCUGUGCUGGGGACGCCAGACCUAACCGCCCCCCACGUCCUUCCAAGAGAGGGCAGCUGCCGUGGGUUGUUUGUGUCGAAUCAGAUCUCUCCUGUGCGGGGCUUUAUAUGGAAAUGGGGACAAAACACCCAGCAUGGGUAUGAUCAACUGAGUCAUGGCAUAGGAAGGGGGCACGUGGCCACCCUAGGUGGGUCUGCGCCCAAAAGAAGCCCCCCCCCCUUCCUGCUAGGCAUUCAACACAGACUAUGCUCACAGCAAGAUCGAGCCCAGGUAUGGACUGCAGGAUCGGGCCCAGUAUAUUUAACGCUUCCUUUUUACAAUGCUAGGGUGUGUUUGAACUGAGUAGUUCUCCAGUCCCUGCCCAGGUUCCUUGUUUGAAUUUUCUCAUCGGCUCCAAUUCAGGAAAGCACAGGUUUAAUUUCAAUGGGAUUUAAGCAGAUGCUUUUCUGAAUUGGAGCCAGAGGGUUGCUGGGAUUUAAAGAUUCCCAUUUCUAGCCGGUUGCGACUCCACAAAUUGCAGUGGGCUUCCCCAUCUGAGCUGAAACUGUCCUGGGGCUUCCAAGUCCCAAGGAGAAGCCAUGCGAUUGACUUGAGUAGGGUAAGGGAGAUAUCUUGGAGGGGCGUCCUUGCUGGGGUGUGUCAUUCAGCCUGCUCACAGGAUGCCCUCCCCAAAGAGUAACAGACAAUCCUUGUAGAUCUAGCAAAGGGACUCAAGUGCUGAUGAAAAUGUAUGGUUCUUCACCCCCUCUUCCUGCCCCCUCCUCCCCUCUCCCCUGGGCGUGUUCUGAUGUAACCAGCCCAUGAUGUCUCUUCCCCCACACCUCCUGCCUGCUGUUUUGUAUCCGUCUGUCUGUCCUUGUCCCUGUUUCCCUACCCUCCUCCCCCACUUGAUCCUUUUUGUUUGUUUUUGUUUUCUUUUUCCCCCAGCGGGGAAACCGAUUUCAUUUUGCUGAUUGUACCCAGCGCUGUUGUAUUUUAGUGGAUGUGUUUUUUAGUACAAAAAAAAAAAAUUACAAAAAAAAUUUUUUUUCUGUUUAAAAAAAAAGAAGAAUUCUUACAGUACUGACAGGUUUUUUUUUUGUUUUUUUUUUAAGUUACAGGGGAGGAAAAAGUGGUUUGUACUGUAAGAGAAUUGAAGCUGAGUGCAUUUUUGCACUGCCACAGAAACCAGUGAUACUUUAGACGGUCAUUCUUGUGAAUUACAAAAACAAAAAACACAAAAAAAAAAAAACAAAA